AUGGCGGACGUCCUGAGCGUGCUGCGCCAGUACAACACUCAGAAGAAGGAGAUCGUGGUGAAGGGGGACGAGGUGAUCUUCGGCGAGUUCUCCUGGCCCAAGAACGUCAAGACCAACUAUGUCAUCUGGGGGACAGGAAAAGAAGGCCAGCCCAGGGAAUACUAUACUUUGGAUUCAAUUUUGUUCCUGUUGAAUAAUGUGCAUCUUUCACAUCCUGUUUAUGUCCGGCGUGCUGCGACUGAAAACAUUCCGGUGGUAAGAAGGCCUGACAGAAAAGAUCUACUUGCAUACCUGAAUGGGGAAACAUCAACAUCGUCAAGCAUAGACAGAAGCGCACCGCUUGAAAUAGGUCUUCAGCGAUCCACUCAAGUUAAAAGAGCUGCUGAUGAAAUACUAGCAGAAGCAAAGAAACCAAGAAUAGAAGAUGAAGAGUGUGUACGUUUGGACAAAGAACGACUGGCUGCUCGGCUGGAGGGGCACAAGGAAGGCAUUGUACAGACAGAGCAGAUCAGGUCCUUAUCUGAAGCAAUGUCUGUGGAAAAAAUUGCUGCUAUCAAAGCCAAAAUCAUGGCCAAGAAGAGGUCCACUAUCAAGACUGAUUUGGACGAUGACAUAACUGCUCUUAAACAGCGAAGUUUUGUAGAUGCAGAGGUUGAUGUAACCAGAGAUAUUGUCAGCAGGGAAAGGGUGUGGAGGACAAGAACUACCAUUUUACAAAGUACGGGGAAGAACUUUGCCAAGAACAUUUUUGCGAUUCUUCAGUCAGUCAAAGCUAGGGAAGAAGGUCGUGCGCCUGAACAAAGACCAGCACCGAAUACGGCACCAGUGGAUCCCACUUUACGAAACAAGCAGCCUACUCAAGCCGCCUACAACAGAUACGAUCAGGAAAGGUUUAAAGGAAAAGAGGAGACUGAAGGUUUCAAAAUUGACACCAUGGGAACCUAUCACGGAAUGACUCUGAAGUCUGUAACGGAAGGAGCUUCGGCACGGAAGACUCAAACUCCAGCAGCACAGCCUGUGACAAGGCCAGUUUCCCAAGCAAGGCCUCCUCCAAACCAGAAAAAAGGAUCUCGGACACCCAUAAUCAUUAUUCCAGCGGCUACCACCUCUCUAAUAACUAUGCUUAAUGCAAAAGAUCUUCUGCAGGAUCUGAAGUUCGUGCCAUCUGAUGAAAAGAAGAAGCAAGGCUGUCAGCGAGAGAAUGAAACUUUAAUACAGAGAAGGAAAGACCAGAUGCAGCCUGGUGGAACGACUGUCAGUGUUACAGUACCAUACCGCGUAGUUGAUCAGCCUCUGAAACUUAUGGCUCAAGAUUGGGACCGUGUGGUGGCUGUGUUUGUGCAGGGUCCUGCUUGGCAGUUCAAGGGCUGGCCGUGGUUGCUACCUGAUGGAUCACCUGUUGAUAUUUUUGCAAAAAUUAAAGCUUUCCACCUUAAAUACGAUGAAGUCCGUCUAGACCCAAAUGUCCAGAAAUGGGAUGUAACAGUGUUAGAACUCAGUUAUCACAAACGGCAUUUGGAUAGACCAGUGUUCCUGCGUUUCUGGGAAACAUUGGACAGGUACAUGGUAAAGCACAAAUCUCACCUGAGAUUCUGAAUUUGUGACUGCCAUUUUAUUUUCUCAAACCUUGGAUUCAGGAAUCUGGAAGCUGCUCUGGUCUACAGAAGAGAGUUCUCCCUGUCCACAUUUGUCAAGAACAGUUUACAGAUGAAGAAGGGAGUCAUUGUUGAAUCUUUUAUAAGACCUUGUUGGACUGCUGAAUUGCAAUGACAGGUUGACAACCUGCCAUCAUUACGAGCAAAGGGUUUUGCUUAAAACUUAUUUUUUAAUAACAUAAGCCUUCUAGCAUGCAAUUCAAAUUGUAUAUUUUGAUAGCAGCCAUUUCUUCCCCAUUUUGUUAAAUUAGCAGCAUUUUUACAUUUUAUUUUUUUUUUGCUUAUGAAUAGAACAUAGGUUGAUUUUCACAGAAGGUUAUGAACUUGUGUGUGUAUGUAUAUAUAGGUGUUCUAAACCACUGCGCUUCUGAUCAUAGUUCUUGGUUCUUUUCUUUGUUUCACUUAUGAAAAACAAAUUCUGUUGUGAUUGGUAUUAUCCUUCUAGUCUAAAGAAUUAUAGGAACUAAGCAAAGUGAAGACUGCUUUAGAUUAAUCAAAUUGUCAGCCUGUAUAUGUACUGUAUAUUAUUUCAGUCUUUGGGAAAAGGAUGAAAAAAAUCCAAAAAACUGCUUCUUUUCUUUUAUUAUGACGACACUUUACCAAAACUGUAAAAAGAAACAACACAUUAUGAAUACUCUUGAAUUAUAACAUCCUCCAUGGAAAAUUCAUUAACUUAACAUUUGUGUGUGCAUAUAACCCACAUUGAGGCGUAUAUGAAACUCUAUAUACACAAGAAUAUACUUAGAACUGGAGGGUGUCUGGGAUUAUUUUUUAUCAUGGAAAUCACAAAGCAGAGUCAUAGAAUCAGUUCUUUGAAUCCUGACUGAGGCAGACUGUGUUCUUAAAUUCCCAUAGUGGUAUGGAAGACGCAGCAAUAUUGUUUCAUUCCAUGCCAGUGUGUAACAUGGGAAACCUCGGGACCAUGUAGAAGGAGCCCAUGCUGCAUUUUUUCUCUGUACCCUUCCAGGUUGCUGUUAACCUCGUUUUCUAAGGGUUAACAUUGACAUAAGGAACAACUGAAUCAUACAUUUCUCCUGUGUGGUCCACAGCUUUCCUUGUUACCCUCCCACGCCUCAUACAGGAAAAUAUGUUGUCUCACACCUCCUAGGUAAUGUAAGAGCCCUGUCUCAGUGGCACAAAUCCAGACACAGUGUCAAGUUAUGGUUAUGACUGGCUAAGCUAGCUAACUUUCCAGUAACCAAAGAGCAUGCUUGCUUGAUCGGGAAUGAGCAUAACAAAGAGAAGAAAGUGCUGGUUAUUUCCAUGGCAUUUGUAUUUUAUAACAUAAUUGCUGAAUGCUGCAGAACGCUGAGUAAACAAAAAUUAUCCUUAGCAUAAACUUUCAGACAGAUUUUUUUGAGAUGGGCAAACCACUCAUUUCUGCCUUUUGAAACCAUGUUUUUAAGCUGUGCAUCUGAGGUUUGACAAAAGUAAAAAUAUUCUAGAUAUUCUUCCUAGUUUUGCCUUUUUUAUUUUCUAAUUGGUUCCUUGUGGAGCAUUUCCUAAUGUGAAAUGUUAAGACAUUUCUUACUGUUUCCCUCUUAAGCUACGGGUGAGGUCUAGGUGGCUUUGAGGACACUAUGGAUACUUUUCAUAUUUAUUUCUAAUAUACUGAAACUGUGAUUUCUAUUUUGUUUUAGUUAGAGCAAGAAUCAAUUUUCCAACCUUUCAAUGCUUUUUUUAAAGUGAUGUUAAGAAUUCACAUUGGUAGUAUUUUUGAAAGCAUAUCACAAUAGAACUAGGUAGAUGAACCAAAUCAGGAUUGGAAUGUGUUUUUAAAAUAAAGAGGUUUCAGAAAUCUC